UUAUUUUGGGUCUUGCAAAGAAAAACCAGUUUUUCUAAGUUUGAACUGGUUUUAAAAAAUGGAGAAUUUAGUGAAGAGCUGCGCAGGAAUUGAGAAGAAAAGAAGUGGUUUGACUCAAUCGGUAGACGAAUCGAAGGAGGGAAGCAGCACGAGCGAAUCGAGCUACGAGAGUUCUUCAGGCGCCGCUUCGUCUUCUCCGCCACCUCAGUCGAUUCUGGGCUGGCCGAUAAGGAAAGCCUCAUUUCGUAGGAAUUCAAAAGAAAAUCUCAAACCAGACCAUAACAAAUCUGCCCUUCUCACUGAUUCUGGGUUUCAAGGGAAGGACGUGAAUAUUUCAGAUGUCGAUAUGAUGAAGGAGAGAUUCGCAAAGUUAUUACUUGGUGAAGAUAUGUCAGGUUCUGGUAAAGGCGUGUGCACGGCUUUAGCCAUCUCCAACGCCAUCACCAAUCUCUUUGCUACGAUUUUUGGGCAACUAUGGAGACUAGAGCCGCUUUCAAGCGUGAAGAAGGAGAUGUGGAGAAGGGAAAUGGAGUGGCUUCUUAGUGUUAGUGAUCACAUCGUUGAGUUAACACCUUCAACGCAAACUUAUCCAGACGGCAAAAAGUUCGACGUCAUGACUUGCCGACCAAGAUUUGAUCUUUUCAUCAACCUCCCAGCUCUCCGUAAACUAGACAAUAUGCUUCUUGAAAUACUGACGAGUUUCAAGAAGACCGAGUUCUGGUAUGUUGAUCAAGGGAUUGUGGCUUCGGAGAACGAUGGCUCAGCUUCUUUCCGCAGAAAGAUUCAGCGCCAAGAGGAGAAAUGGUGGUUGCCUGUUCCUCGUUUAGCACCUAAUGGCCUCACAGAAGAAGCAAGAACAGAAUUGAAUCACAAGAGGGAGUGUGCGACGCAGAUACUUAAAGCUGCAAUGGCCAUUAACAGCGUUUCUCUAGCCGAAAUGGAUGUUCCCGAAUCAUACCUUGAAACCCUUCCAAAGAACGGUAGAUCCUGCCUUGGGGAUGUUAUCUACAGGUACAUAACAUCUGAGAAGUUUUCUGCAGAGUCUCUUCUCGAUUGUCUUGAUCUGUCCUCUGAGCAUGUUGCUCUUGAUAUUGCAAACCGUGUGGAAGCUUCGAUAUAUGUGUGGCGCAGAAGAGUUGAGACAAAACUUGGAGUCAACAAUAAUAAUAAUACUUCAAGCUCUGCUCCAAAGUUAUCAUGGGAAAUGGUCAAAGAACUAGUGGCUGCUGGUGACAAAAGGGGUUUACUUGUUGAGAGAUCAGAAACUCUCUUACGUUGCUUGAAGCAGCGGUUUCCAUCUCUAACUCAGACUUCUCUAGACAUUAGCAAGAUUCAAUGGAACAAGGACAUUGGGAAAUCAAUCCUAGAGAGCUACUCGAGGGCACUGGAGAGCUUGGCAUCAAACAUCGUGGCAAGAAUCGAUGAUUUACUCUAUGUGGACGACUUAACAAAACAGUCUGAUGAUAACAAUCUGUUGUCAAAUCCAACGGCCAGCAUUAAAGCUCACAAGAAAGUAGUGCCGAUGAUCCCUUAUCUAAUAUCUGCAUCAGGAACUCCUUACAGAACAAGCUUCUCAACGACACCGGGUUUCUCUCCUUUGUCUGCUCCUCCAAUGAUUAGCCCCAGAAAAGGAGAGAGAACACCUUCUUAUUCCAGCAAGAACACCAUCAAAGUCAAUGAGAAAGGUCUUCCUUCUCGAGGAUUUGGAGUGAGAAGGGUCUUGAACAAUUAUCUUGGCAUGGAAUCGAAACUGAAAGGAAGCGUGAAUCCCUCAGAGAAUUCAGAUGCUGCAGUGAUUGGCAAAGAAGUUGAAGAAGAGAAGAAAAGAGACUCAACAUCAGUCCAUCAAAAGGGUCCUCCAAAGUACACUGUCUCUUAAGAGCUAAUGGAAAUUCAAUCCCUAGAAUGUACUAUUAUGCUGACAUGGAUUGAUUUGUUUGAUUUACUUGUAGUUUUUGUCUUAUUCUAUCUUCUCGAAUG